GCCAGUUGAUUUGAUACUAUCGAGUGGAAAAAUAUUUUGGAAUAGAUAAACAAAUACAACAGGAUUGAUAAAUUAAAGCCCAUAAUACGCACCUACCUGAUAGUAUGUAUAGUUAUACGGUUACUUAACAAUCGUUAUGACUUUUAAUUUAUGAAAGUAAUCAAAAGUAAAUUCCAACAAAUUAUAUUCAAUUCAAAACCCUUACAUAAUGUAUCCUCGCUGUGGUAGUAGUGGUUCUAUUCAAAAUAUUCAUCAGACACCGUCUUCUUCUAAUCACAACUCGGAAGAUGAAGAUGACAGUGGUGACAACAAGGCAUCAGCACUGAGUUUCAAAGAAAGAAGGAGGGAAGCACACACUCAGGCAGAACAGAAAAGAAGAGAUGCUAUAAAGAAAGGCUAUGAUUCAUUACAAGAGUUAGUUCCGACUUGUCAACAAACUGAUGCUUCGGGAUACAAACCUAGUAAAGCAGCUGUGCUCCAAAAGUCGAUCGACUACAUCCAAUAUCUGCUGCAACAGCGCCGGCGACAGGAAGAGGAGCGGAACGCCCUUCGUAAGGAUGUGGUGGCGUUGCGCAUCAUGCAAACUAACUACGAACAGAUUGUUAAAGCCCAGCAUUCCGUGCCGGGUCACAAUGAACAGAGGCUAACUGAUCAGGACAAGUUUCAAGUUUUUCAGGGUAUAAUGGACAAAUUGUUCGACUCAUUCGAGUCAGUGCCUACCAACAAUUUCACAGAGUUCUCCGGAGGAGUGUUCAACUGGCUCGAAGAAUAUUGCAAACCGCAGUCCCUGAGGACCAUGGUGCACGAUGUCUUGCGAGAACAGAACUUUACACCUUGAUUUUUUUAUUAUUGUAAUAUAAUUAUAAGUAAUAUUUUUUAUUCGUUUAAGGAGAAUAUUUUUUAAAGUGAUAUCAUUGACCUUCAAUGAUAUUAUGUGAUAAACAAAUGAUUACCUAUAUGAAUUCUAUUUCUUUAUCAAUUUUAAUUCGUCGGGAUAAAACAAUAUUGAAGAAUUUUUAUCAUCUAUUUGCGUAGAUUGUGUGAAAUACAAACGUGGUAUUUUUUUCUUGGACUGUAGAUUUUUGUUUAUACUUAUUACUUAUAUUAAAUUUGGACGAAAUGUUAUUCCAAAUAAAUCGUUUGGACAUAAUCUCUUUAUUGUUACAAAAUUUUCUAAAGAAUAUAGGCGACUUUGUUGGUCAAGUGACAAGAUAUUAAUUAUUUAAAGAAAAUUUCCUACAGUAACAUAUUGACUUUGAGCUACAAAACUUUAAUAUUAUACAACAACCUGUCUCUGAGGAAAAAAAUAUUGAACAAUAUUUUUCUACUAUUUUUAAGGAAUUUUAAUAAAUAGUCAGAAGUAUAUAUACUUUGUAUAGAUUUAUAUUAUUUGUAAGAGUUAAAUUAAGCACGGACAUAAUUUAGUUAUGCAAUAAUAGUUGGACUAUAUUUACAUUAUUUACAGACACAUUAAGAUAAAUUUAGAUUUUAAAAUUUAGUUUGAUUUUUUUUGUGACAUUGGAUUAUAGAUAAGAAUUGUUAAUAUAGUAUACAAUAAUGUUUACACAAAUCGUAGUGACAAUACGUUUUAGUGCCUUUAAUCGUGAUUAAAAAAAAAUAAAAUAUUUAUAUAGUUUCUA